AUGUUGGAGUGCAAGACAAUUGCAACUCCAAUUGAACCAAAUGUCAAAAUGUGUGCACACGAAAGAAAAGAUUUAGAAGAUGUGACAAAGUAUCGGCAAUUGGUAGGUAGUCUGAUUUAUUUAACUCAGACUCGACCCGAUAUUUCUUUUGGAGUUGGUGUGAUGAGUCACUACAUGCACAAUCCAAAGAAGCACCAUAUGGAGGCUGCUCGACGAAUGCUAAGAUAUUUGAAAAGUACAAUUGGUUAUGGUCUUCUGUAUAAAAGAAGUGAAGAAUGCAAGUUGGUUGGUUACUGCGACUCUGACUAUCCAGGAGAUCAUGAUACUCGUCGUUCAACUACUGGAUUUGUGUUUAAGCUUGGAGCUGGAGCAGUUUCUUGGUGCAGCAAAAGGCAGCCAAUGGUGUCGCUGUCAACAACAGAAGCUGAGUAUCGGGCAGCAGCAGUUGCAGCUCAAGAAACAAUCAGUUUAGCUGAAAAUCCUGUCUUUCAUGCAAGGACUAAGCAUGUGGAAAUACAUUACCACUUCAUCAGAGAAAAAGUGUUACAAGGAGAGUUCAACUUGAAGCAUAUUAAAACAGAACAACAAAUUGCAGACUUGUUCACAAAAGUCUUAUGUGCCAAUAAGUUCGAAAGUUUUCGUCAGGAGCUAGGCCUUGCUAAGACUAGAGCUGAUGUCGAGAGGAGGUGUUAA